GCCGACGAUUGGAAGUACACACCCGCCGAGAAGAUCCUUGGUCUCCAGCAAUAACAUCGCACGCUCCAACACCACCGUACGUAAUUACCCUGACCGUCAUUUACCUGAUCAUUACCGUCAUGGCCGACGUCAUGAAACUCGACCUGUACGCCAUCUUGGAGGUGGACGGUGGCGCCACCGAGCAGGAGAUAGUGAAAGCUUACCGCAGGAAGGCGCUGCGAUGUCACCCGGACAAAAACCCGGAUAAUCCGCGAGCCGCUGAGCUGUUCCACGAGCUUUCCCGCGCUCUGGAAGUGUUGACGGACGCUGCGGCUAGGUCCGCGUAUGAUAAGGUGAUCAAGGCGAGGGAUGCCGCCAGAGUGCGCCACCGUGAGCUGGACUCCAAGCGGAGGAAGCUCAAGGAGGAUCUGGACACGAGAGAGAACAGCGCGCGGGAAGGCACGGAGAAGAGGGAGGAGGCAGGGAGGAAGCUGCAGCGGGAGAUCGAGCGUCUGCGAAAGGAAGGUUCGCGUCUGCUGGAGAGGGAGCAGGAGAUGUUGAAGGAACAGAUGAAGGUCGAGCCAAGGUCGCGCGAGACGCCUGCAGCGGAUGGCGGGGAGCAGACGGCGGCGCCACCUAGGCUGAAGGUGACGUGGAGGAGCGCGCGCGGUGACGCGAGUAAUGGCGGAUACUCCCGCGACACGCUCGCGCGCCUGCUCUCCGCUCACGGCGACCUAUCGCACGUGAUCGUCUCGGCUAAACGCAACGGUAGCGCCAUCGUUGAGUUUGUGACGACGCGUGCGGCGGCGGCGGCGCUGCGUGAUGCGCGCGGCCUUCCCGCGAACCCUCUCACACUCGCGUGGCUCAGUGGCGAACCCCCCGCGAACGGUGGCGCCCCCGCUCGCCCGACCGGUGGUGGCGCCCCCUUGCCGGCUUCGGCGGCGGGAGACGACUUCGAGGCUGCGGUGUUGGCGAGAUUGCUGCAGGCGCAGCGCGACAAGCGGGCGGACGGUGCUAUGAGACAUGUCUCAGGUGUUAUGAGGCAUGUCUCAGGUGUUAUGAGGCAUGUCUCAGGUGUUGUGAGACAUGUCUCAGGUGUUGUGAGACAUCGUGUCUCAGGUGUUAUGAGACAUGUCUCAGGUGUUAUGAGACUUGUCUCAGGUGUUGAGCUAAUAAUGAAGCGGGCGGACGGUCCGCCUGCAGGUGGCGCCAGCGAGGCGCCGCGGGAUGGAGAGAAUCUUGUGUUGAGGCGGGCGAGGCAGCAGGAGGAGCGGAGGCGUCUCAUCGAACGCAUGAAGGAGGACGAGUCGACAUGAGACCGAGACAUCGUGUCUCAGGUGACAUUAUGAGACAUGUCUCAGGUGUUAUGAGACAUGUCUCAGGUGUUAUGAGGCAUGUCUCAGGUUAUGAAACAUGUCUCAGGUGUUAUGAGACAUGUCUCAGGUGUUAUGAGGCAUGUCUCAGGUGUUGUGAGACAUGUCUCAGGUGUUGUGAGACGUGUCUCAGGUGUUAUGAGACAUGUCUCAGGUGUUAUGAGACUUGUCUCAGGUGUUGUGAGACAUGUCUCAGGUGUUGUGAGACAUGUCUCAGGUGUUAUGAGACAUGUCUCAGGUGUUGUGAGACAUGUCUCAGGUGUUAUGAGACAUGUUUCAGAUGUUAUGAGGCGUGUCUCAGGUGUUAUGAGACAUGUCUUAGGUGUUAUGAGGCAUGUCUCAGGUGUUAUGAGACAUGUCUCAGGUGUCAUUAUGAGACAUGUCUCAGGAGACGUUUGCAUGGUUCCCACAAAAGUGUUAAUUAUUUUUUCAAUGACAUUUCAAGGACAUGUUUUCUUCAAGGGCAAUCUGUGACGAGUAGUUUGAGCUUUUUAGAGUCAACAUAUAUACCUUAGAUUCAUAUAUAAAAGUAAAAAUAGUGUUUUACACGAGUGCCGACAGCAGAUUAAACAGCCGCUAUAGUUCGUUAAUUACCGACGGACACAAUAAUCGUUUCAUAUUGUCAUUCACGUAGAUUCAUGUGACGGUCCUGUAACAAUAUGUAAAGCUUUGAUGUAACAUGUAUC